UGAGGGCAGUUGUUGGUAAAAGUACGUAAGAGAAUGCUGUGAAAUAUUGUGUCUUACGGUUAGGUUUGCAAGCGUUAUAUUCCAUAGCGUGUCACAGUAAUAAUGAUUGCAACAAAGCCUUGCAGUGACGAGUUUCCCAAGGUUAAAGACCAACAAAUUGUAACAGAUGGAGUCAAUUUUAUGACAGUUGGUAGCUACUUACCGCCCACCUAUUUGGAACGAAUACGUAAUAUGGAAUUGAAAGAAACAGACAUCUUAUUAGCCACAUUUCCUAGAUCAGGAACAACAAUAACACAGAGAUUGUUGUUGGUAAUGAUGUAUGGAGGUGAUCAAGUGCUUAACAAUGGUAAGGAAAAAAUGGACGAGAUAUCUCCUUUCAUAGAAAUAAGAAAAAACAAAUCAGGCUACGUUGGCUACGAUAUUGCAAUGUCUUUACAGGAGGCUCCUCAACGUAUUUUAAAAACACAUUUGCCAGUUUGGCUAGCACCAAAAUCGAGAAAGGCAAAAAAGGUUGUUGUAGCACGAGACGUGAAAGAUGCAUUGGUAUCUUUUUAUUACUUAUAUAGGAAUGAUUCCUCAAACCCAAAAGAGAUAUACAACACACUUGAGUUUGAAACAUUUUUCAAAAUGUUUGUAUCGGGUUCUACCCUUUAUGGAGAUUGGUAUCAAUGGUAUAGAGGUUGGUUAGAUGCUUUUGAUGGAAAUACUCUUUUGUUACAUUAUGAAGAUUUCAUUAGAAAUUUUGAGGAGACAGUUACAAAGCUUGCGAAAUUUGUUGAUGUAGAAAUGACGUCUGAAUUGAUGUCUACAUUAAAAGAAGCAGCUAAUUUCCAAAGCAUGAAAAAGGUUUGGGAUAUUCCAUCAAUUAAAGAUUUUGUUCGUAAAGGCGUAAUUGGUGACCAUCAGAAUUAUUUGGAUGAAGAAAAAAUCAAUUUCUUAGAUGAUAAAUGCCGGGAAAUUGUUCCUGAACUUUUGAAAUGAUUUAUUAAUGUUUCUUUUUCAUUAAUAGUGUUUUCCACAGAA